AUGGGUAGUGGCUGGAACAGAGUGGCUUUGUUCUGUUUGUUAUGUUUUUAUGUUGUUGUGUCGGGUGUGCUUGCUAGGGGAGUGGCUAAACCGAGGAAUGAGGAGGAAGAGAAGUUUCUGUUCUUUGGCAAGGGUGGUGGACUAGGAGGUGGAUAUGGUGGUGGCAGUGGUUGUGGAGGAGGAGGAGCUGGUGCUGGCAGUGGUUUUGGAGGUGGAAGUGGUGGCGGCGGCGGUCUUGGAGGGGGAAGUGGCGGCGGCGGUGGUAUUGGAGGUGGAAGUGGAGGAGGCUUUGGAGGGGGUCAUGGGAUUGGUGGUGGUGUAGGAGGUGGAGGUGGAGAUGGAGAUGGAGAUGGAGAUGGAGGCCUUGGAGGUGGUGAUGGUGGCGGGUUCGGUAAUGGUGGUGGUUAUGGCGGAGGAUUUGGAAAGGGUGGAGGUCUUGGAGGUGGAGGGGGGUUCGGUAAGGGCGGUGGAUACGGUGGUGGCAUUGGAAAGGGUGGAGGACUUGGUGGUGAUGGUGGAGGUGGAGGUGGAGGUGGCUCGGGUGGUGGAUUUGCCGGCGGCGGAAAUGGACACCACUAA